UUAUAAAAUAGUCUUUUGGUCGUUCUAAAUUAUUUUUAUUGAUUUUUAAUUUAAAUUGUUAUGGCAAUUUAAUUUCUGUUGUUGUUUUCCUCAUUUCAGUUAUGAAUGAUACAUCUGAAGUCGGUAUUUUAUCCAGUGAUUCCAGCGAGUCAAGUAGCAGUGGCAGUUCCAGCAGCUCGGAUUCCAGUGAUUCUGAAGCUGAAAAUGACCGUGAACAGAAAUCUCAUAGUUUAGGUCAUACCAUUAAUGGUGGCGAUGGAACUCCAAAUAGCCAGUCAUCAAUCUUUUCCAGUAUGCCUAAAUUCAGCCAAUUGAGUGAAGAUUUGCAACUGAGUGAAUCCGGAAGCGAAAGCGAUUAAAGAACAAAAAAUAAAUAAACUCAAUUCCAAACACAUAAAUAACAAACUGGGAUGUUCCAACGGUUACGUGAAAGUUGCCACUUGAACGAUAUAUCUGUGAUAUCUCUACAGAAUCCGUAAAUAGUAUCAACUCUUCUCUUCCCCCACAAAAUUAACGUACCCAAGAAGGAAUGACUCGGCUCGCUCGGUAAUUUAUCAAAAUUAUUAAUGGAUUUUGCUCACGUUGAUUCCGGUCUUCCUUCCCGCUCGUAAACGCAACUCUGCGCCCAUAUUUUUCCAGUCGGCAUACCCAAAUGCUAUUUUUAAAAUUUUGUGAUAAAAAAAAAAAAAACAUUCUUAGAUCUUUAUCUAUUUCCGGAAAGCGGAUUUACAAAU